CGGGAGCCUAUAAAAGCCGGUGACGGCGCGACCCGCGGACACACGGUGCAGGCGCCCGAGGAGCAGCCGCUUCUAGAACGGCGCCAAAUCCUGCCCUGCCUCGACCAGCCGCACGACCAUGGCCCAUCACUGGGGAUACGGCAAGCACAAUGGACCCGAGCACUGGUAUAAGGACUUCCCCAUUGCCAAGGGACAGCGCCAGUCCCCUGUUGACAUCGACACCAAAGCAGCCAUUCAUGACCCUGCCCUGAAGGCUUUGUCUCCUUCCUAUGAGCAAGCGGUUUCUCGCAGGAUCAUCAACAAUGGUCACUCUUUCAACGUGGAAUUCGAUGACUCCCAGGACAAAGCAGUGCUGAAAGGAGGACCCCUCACUGGCACUUACAGAUUGAUUCAGUUUCACUUUCACUGGGGUUCAUCUGAUGGGCAAGGUUCUGAGCACACUGUGGAUAAAAAGAAAUAUGCUGCAGAGCUUCACUUGGUUCACUGGAACACCAAAUAUGGGGAUUUUGGAAAAGCUGUGCAGCAACCUGAUGGACUGGCUGUUUUGGGUAUUUUUUUGCAGAUUGGCGAUGCCAGACCAGGCCUACAAAAAGUCCUCGAUGCCCUGGAUUCCAUAAAGACAAAGGGUAAGAGUGCUGACUUCACUAACUUUGACCCUCUUGGCCUCCUUCCUGGAAGUUUGGACUACUGGACCUACCCAGGCUCACUGACCACUCCUCCCCUUCUGGAAUGCGUGACCUGGAUUGUGCUCAGGGAGCCCAUCAGCAUUAGCAGUGAACAGAUGAUGAAAUUCCGUAAGCUUAACUUCAAUAAGGAGGGCGAGCCUGAAGAACUGAUGGUGGACAAUUGGCGCCCAGCUCAGCCACUGCACAACAGACAGAUUAAUGCGUCCUUCAAAUAAGAUGGCCUCAGAGCCCACAUCCAGAUAGUGGAUAUUCGGGAUAUUAGCUAAGCACAAAUCUACCUUGGUGGAUCGGACCUUGGCUGCUUUGUGUCUGGUUUUCUAGAUCCUUAUCUCUCACCUGUUGUCCUCAUUAGUAAAAUGUGAAGAACUUGACCAGCUGUCGUGCUUGACCAAAUUGCUGUGAUUGGUGCUUUGGUUCUGGUAAUAGCCUUUCUGUAGGAGAGAAUAUAAUAUAAGGAAUAAGAGAACAAAGCAUCUUGACUUUGUUCGUAGCACAUGGGGUGAUGAGCACGGACAAUUGUUCACAAAAAUGCUAACUUUAAAACAUAGGAAAGUAGAGUGAUUGAGUGCAAAUCCAUUCCAU